AGAAAAAUGUUGUUGACAAACAUCAAACAUUGGCUCUUCCUAAUGAGUACCAUAUGUCUGAUAGUCAUUGGAUAUUGGGUCUUUGGUACGGAUGUCAAAAUUGUUGGUAUGUAUUGUAUGUCUCUAAAACCUUUGACGAAUCCACGCCAACAAUCCACAUUGGGUGUCGACUUGGCCACAGACAUUUCAUUGGAUAAUUUCGAUUAUGAAGAACAAUUGGUGGUACUCUAUAAUCGUGUACCGAAAACGGGUUCAACAAGUUUUGUAAAUAUUGCCUAUGAUUUAUGUAAAAGGAAUCGUUUUCAUGUUUUGCAUAUCAAUAUCUCGGCAAAUAGUCACGUUUUGUCAUUACCAAAUCAGGUCUCUUUUGCACGAAAUGUCAGCAAGUGGCAUGAAAUGAAACCAGCAUUAUAUCAUGGACAUGUGGCGUACUUGGAUUUUUCAAAAUUUCAAAUAUCCCACAAUCCCAUCUAUAUAAAUCUAGUGCGUAAACCCUUAGAUAGGCUGGUAUCCUAUUAUUAUUUUCUACGCUAUGGUGAUAACUAUCGUCCGAAUUUAGUACGUAAGAAGGCUGGCAAUAAAAUUACAUUUGAUGAAUGUGUUAAACUGAAACAACCCGAUUGUGAUCCAAAAAAUAUGUGGCUACAGAUACCAUUCUUUUGUGGCCAUGCCGCCGAGUGUUGGGAACCUGGCAGCCAAUGGGCCCUAAAUGAAGCGAAAAAUAAUUUAGUUAAUAAAUAUUUUCUAGUUGGUGUUACGGAACAAAUGGAAGAUUUUGUUGAUUUGCUAGAGAAAUCAUUGCCAAGAAUGUUCCAUGGCUUCCGUGAAUACUAUCAACAUUCCAAUAAAUCUCAUUUACGCAAUACCCUCAACAAACGUCCACCCAGUGAAGAAACUGUGGCAGCUAUAAUGGAAUCGAAAAUCUGGAAAAUGGAAAAUGAACUCUACGAAUAUGCGCUGCAGCAAUUCGAAUUCAAUAAACGCAAAUUACUGCAGCCGGAUAAGAAACAAAUACAACGUUAUAUGUAUGAGAAAAUUAAACCGAAAUAGA